GACACCUCCAGGGAUGGGCACUCCAAACCUCCCUGGGCAGCCCCUGCSAACACCUGAGCACCCUUUCCAUAAAGAAAUUCCUCCUGAUGUCCAACCUGAACAUCCUGUGGCACAACUAGAGGCMAUUUCYUCUUGUCCUGUCACUUGUUACCUGGRAGAAGAGUCAUCAAAUCAGAAUGAAAAUAUAAAAGCARUAUGGAAAAUAUCYUAAAGUAAGGACUCAGAAACUGGGKGUUUUGUUGGAUGGAAAGGUUAGGAUAUUGRGCUUUCCUGAGUUUGGCUGGGACAUCUGCAGGCACAAGAGGAGACAGUUUCCUGUGAAUCUGGUCUUGGGGACAUGCCCCAGGCCAUUUGGUGUGUUUGUGGAAAGUAGGAGUGAGUUCAGCUCUCUCACUUCCCUGUCACUGCUCAUCUUUUGGCUUGGCCUUUGUUAUUCUCUGCCACCUUUCUCUGGUUCUGGAGAAAUACCAAAUUUUUGACUACUUGAUAUGGUCAGAAUAAAGAAGGGGAUUAAGAAGUAGCCUAUGCAGUAGCAGGAGUGCAAGGGAUGCCAGUAAGUUUGCUGAUGAUACUAAUUAGGGAGGAGCUGCUGACUCCCUGGGAGGCAGAGAGUCCCUGACAAACACCAGGGCUGAGCAACCACCAGCCCUGUGACAUGUGCCAAGGGCAAGGGCUGGAUCCUGCCCCGGGGCAGCCCUGGAUGCAGGGACACACUGGAAACAAGAGGCUGGAGAGCAGCGCUGCAGGAAGGGAUCUGGGGGUCCUGGUCAGUGCUAAGUUGGAUCAGAGUCCCCGGUGUGUCCUGGCAGCCCAAAGGGUCACUGUGUCCUGGGGGUACCAGGCCAGGGAGGGAUUGUCCUGCUCUGCUCUGCACUGGGGCAGCCUCACCUCGGGUGUUGGGGGCACUUUGGGCACCACGAGAUCAGGAGGAUCUAAAGCUGUUGGAGAGUGGCCAAAGGAGGGACACRGAGCUGGGGAAGGGUCUGAGGAGCGGCUCAGGGCUCUUGGCUUGUUCAGCUGGAGCAGAGGAGACUGAGGGGAGACUCCUCGGGGGCUGCAGCUCCUCCCGAGGGGAGGCGGAGGGGCAGGGGCUGAGCUCUGCUCUGGGGCAGGGCCAGGAGCCCAGGGAACGGCUGGAGCUGUGUCAGGGCUUGGGAUGGAUCUCAGGGAAAGAUUCUUCUGUCCCCAGAGGGUGCUGGCACUGCCCAGGCUCCCCAGGGAAUGGUCCCGGCCCCGAGGCUGCCAGAGCUGCAGGAGCGUUUGGACAGCGCUGCCAGGGAUGAACAGGGUGGGGUUGUUGGGGUCUCCUUUGCAACACCAGGAACUGGAAUGGAUCAUCCUUGUGGGUCCCUGCUAACUCAGGAUAUUCCAAGAAUCUGUGAUACUCAAAAUGCACCUCAAAGCAGAUUCUCACAGGAGUUGGGGAGGACCACGGGGAGCCAGGAGCCAACAAAUCAUCUCAACACCUAAAUGAGGCAUUAAGUCUGAUCUAUUGCUCUGUCUGAAGCCUCACCAGGGAACACAAGUGACAGAAAUGGCAGAAAAGGUGAAUAACUUCCCRCCGCUCCCCAAGUUCAUCCCUCUGAAACCAUGUUUCUACCAGAAUUUUGCUGAUGAAAUCCCCAUCGAUUACCAGUUCCUGGUGAAGAGAAUCUAUCAUGUGUGGAUCUUUUACUGCAUCACGCUGGCCGUGAACCUCAUCGCCUGCCUGGCCUGGUGGAUCGGGGGAGGCUAYGGGGUCAACUUUGGCCUGGCCAUCCUCUGGCUGAUCCUCUUCAGCCCCUGUGGCUACGUCUGCUGGUUCCGACCUGCCUACAAAGCUUUUCGGUCRGACAGCUCCUUUAAUUUCAUGGCCUUUUUCUUCAUCUUCGGGGCGCAGUUCCUCCUCACRGUGCUGCAGGCCAUCGGCUUCUCCGGAUGGGGAGCGUGUGGAUGGUUGGCAGCCAUCACCUUCUUCAGCACCAACGUGGCAGCUGCUGUGUUCAUGCUGUUCCCUGCCAUCAUGUUCACCAUGUCAGCGGUUGCGAUGCUCAUCUGCAUUUUAAGGGUACAUAAAAUCUACCGAGGGGGUGGUGGAAGCUUCCAGAAGGCUCAGGACGAGUGGAACAGCGGCGCRUGGAGGAACCCCCCCAGCAGGGAGGCCCAGUACAGCAAUUUUUCUGGGAACAGCCUGCCAGAGUAUCCCACAGUGCCCAACUACCCCUCUGGAAACCAAUGGCCUUAAGCAGCAGCAGCUGCAAACUGCCUGGAUUCUCUCCUUUUUGGUCUUUUUAUUCUUAUUAUCGGAAAAGAUCAUUUGCAUUCCCCCCWCAAGCUCCCCACUCAUCUCGGGGACCUUUCUGGUUCUUGUCUCCUGAUCCCUGCAGAACAUCCGUUCUCUCAGCCCUCCCCACCUCCGCUGCACUGCACGGCCAUGGCAGAAAGCUUUUUGUUUGCCUUGAGUCACCAGUAUUUGCCUCGUUCCAGACUGAGGAACAAACCCUUCACUGCCCUUGCUUGAGGGAAUCCUCUCCUGACCUUCCCUGCAAUGGCAACACUACCACAGCUGCUCCUGCUCCUGCUCRGCUUCCAUGGAAUGCACAGCACAAAUGCGAUCAGAGCAUUCGUAGCACCUGAUGUUUACUCUCCCGGAUGAAUAAUGUGGAAUUUCUCACUCUUAAGGGAAAUGCAGCACUUAAAUUAUUUGGUACUGGUGACACUGAAGUGAUUUGUGAAACCUCCACCCUCCCUAAAGAGGAUCCCUGCAGGUAACAGAACGUGCCCUGGGUGAGUCCUCGGAUGUGAAGUCCCCAAGAGUCCUCAUUUGCCUGGCUCAGACUGUUGUGAUGCUACAGAUCUUGCUUUCCCCGCUGCCAAAACCUCUUGCYGGAUCUGUGUGUUCCAAAGGUGCAGAUUCAUCUCCUUCGGUUCAUGAUUGCUCGCUAAAGCCUGAAACAAAACCCAGUGGAAAGCAGUGCAGAGCUGCCACUGGGCCUUGUGAUGCUCACCCUGGUACAGGGGCUCAGCACGAGAUCUCCCCACCGUGUAACUUCCAGCAGGGUUUUGUGCUGGCCCCAGGAAUGUCCCACUGGACACACCUUGUUCUGUUGGGACACUUUUCCCUGGGUUCCCAGCCAGGAGCCRGAUGCAAGAUAAUGAUUGAUCUCAGUGCUGGGGCCCCAGUGUGGUUUGGAAAUGAUUCUGUUACAAUGAAUAGUUUAAUUCUGCCUUCUGCUGGUGUAGUUGAACUCCAAACAUUAUGGUGGGGGCUGGGAGACUGAGGGAAGCUAUUCAGUCCUCAUGGCUGCUGUUGGCUCUGCAGCACUUCCAUGAGACAGAGAUUCCUGUCUUUCUCYAAGGAUCAGCUGAAGGGAGGAUGAAGCUGUUGAGAGGGAUUGUUUUCCCUGAAAUUAUCCUCCACCUUGUCAUUCAUCUCCACUCCGUGCCUGAGCCAUCCAAUUCCCUGUGUCCUACAGUGAUCCAGGCAGCAAAGGCUGCGGUUUCCUUUUCCCCCUUGACAGCCUGCUGUGAAUUUUUUUCAACCUGUCCAAACUGGGAGGUCAGUUCCCAUUAUUUUUACAGGGAGUGAGUGUUACAAGUCUUKGGCUCUCAAAGUUUUGGCCAGUGAUCCAGAGUGCUCCAUUUGGGAGAUUGUGGGAGGGCUCGGGCACCCUAAGGUGCCUUGACAGGCUGUCGAUGGGGUCACUCCAAAUUCACCCUGAGCAACUGGAAAACAAAACUGGUUCMUGGAAAGGGACAGGGACACAGUCCUAGCUAGGUGGAAUUGAUUUGCAAGUGAUCUUUUGAAGAUUUUUCUCUACAUGUGCCUUACCUAAUGAAAUCACAGUUCAUGGAGGAGAGCUCCCGCUUCCCCCUCCCCCCUGCAGAAUUCCUUGUUUCCCUAUUAACUCGUCCUGUGUCAYGCUGUAAAUAAUAAGGGAAGCACAGCCUGGAGUCUGCACGACCCCUGUGUUACCAGGGCCAAAGCAAAAGCACCCCCAGAUGGGAGAGCAGAGCCUCCCUGAAUUUCCGUUUACAAGCCACACUGACCCCCUGCUGCAGGAGCAGCCCCCCGCUGGCUCUGGGACACGGAAUGUGUUCCCAACACCAGGGGAUUUUCCUGGAGAGUGCUUGGGAGGAUGAGCUCUUGGAGCCUUCUUAACAGAACACAGCCUGAUGGCRUUGUGAAGCUUUUAGGUGCCUUUGUCUUGUGUCAAGUGUAAUUUUAAGUGUUCUCUGUCGCUUGCCAUCGGAGCGAGGAAAGAACUGCCUGGAAAAGUUGACUCCCUGGAAAUAMGAUGGACGCACCACGGGGCUGAAGGGGGGAUUGGCCACCCUUGGGAGCCAGGGCAUGGUGCACCCGUGUCCCUCGGUCCAGUCCCUCGCCAUCCUCAGCCUCUUGCCAAAAUUCUUCAGAACCAUUUGCUACCUGCCCCAUUUUAGUGCAUCAGGUUGGAGGUUUCGAAGGARCCAAGAGGAGAAGUGUUGCUGGGGGCUCCAUAUCCUGCUUCUCUUUGGGAUUUUCCCCUUGGAUAAUCAGGGGGCUGUUGGGGCACCCACCCUGUCCCACUGGAAAUGCUUGAUACAAGGACAGGGGGUGCCUGGGAGCACCCAAAUUGGAGCUGGACAUCAAAAUCACCCUCUCUCAGCCUGCACUGCCUGAGAUCCCUCUGGAGCUCAGUGYACCUCCAGGUGGGAUCUGCCAUCUCAUCCCCCUCCUCCUCUUCAAUGCCAGAAACCGUAAUUCCAGAAAGUUGACCCAACACGCUGCCUGAACAACCGUGGCUUAUUUUUUUUUUUUUUGUGGACUCCUCUGUAUGUUUUUAAAUGUUUACAUUAGGUUUCUAAGAGUUCUUAACACCAUUAACCUGGCCCUGGCUCCUGGUGUGGUCGGGCRUCACGUGGCGUGUCUGUGUGCGAUGUUUCGUGUCACCCCCGGAGCUCUGGGUUCUGUUUGUGUUUUUCUCCUGAUCACAAGACAAUAAAUGCUCAUCCUGUGCUUGAUGAGGAGAACUGGC